AAACCUAGAGUUAGUUAAGCCUUCACAAAUAAUUCUACAAGUUUAUUACGUAGUAUAUUAUUUCCUAGGGAAGUACUUGAAAAUGGCCUAUUCAAAGGCUGUGUUGCUUGCCCUUAUUGCUAUGACUCUAGUCAUAUGCUCUGAGGUCUCAGCUCAUCAAUUGGAUAAAUCUUCAACCACUGAGAAAUUACAUUCUGUUGAGGAGUCUAAGUAUGGUCGUAGUAGAGGAUAUGGCGGACAUGGCGGUGUUGGCUAUGGAGGCGGAGGAUAUGGUCAUGGUGGACACGGAGGUCGUUAUCCACCAAAAGUAGAGGAGAACAAAGAUCAAAAGAACGAAGCCGUAGAUAUUCUAGACGACUGUUAUGGUGACUACUGCCACAGUGGUGGAUAUGGUGGAUACUAUCCCCCAUCACCGACUACUAAGACUGUCGAGAAACAAAUCAAAGUGUAAGUGAUCGAGUUGUAGCUCAAAAAUAAAGUGUGUGUACAUGACUUUUACUACGUUUGUGUCUAAGGAAAACUAUAAUAUAUAUAUAUAUAU